CGCAGGUGCACUGAAUGAACUUUCACCCCCACAAACGGCUUCAUUGUUUUCAUUCAGCUAGCGUUGGAUUGCAUAUUUAUGUGCUAAGAGACCACCCGAUUGAUAGCUUCCAUAGGAACUCGAUGCAGCCGUAGUUGAGUGAUGCCUAUGUAGCUAGACGGAACAGUUGUUCCGGGCGAAAGACGACCAAAAACAAUGACAAUGUUGUCUCUGGAGUCUGGUACGAUAGCCUAGCUAGUGAGCUGGCUAACCUGACCGUUAGCAACAACAACAUGGGAACGCUAUUACAACGGAUCUGAUCAAUCACUUGUCAAUUAACGUUAAUGAGUACAGAAAUAUUCACGCGUACUUACACUUUGCUGGCAUAUUAAAAAGUUGGAUUAACGUUAUUUCACCUGAAACCGUCACUACCUUCCAAUGGGCGAGGAAAAGCCAGAGACGUUGGACUUCGUCAAAGACUUCCAAGAGUAUCUCAGCCAGCAGACUCAACAUGUGAACAUGAUCUCAGGCUCCGUCAGUGGCGUCAAAGAGGUGGACGAUUUACCAGCAGACUGCAGUCAGAAUGGGAUGGACCACCCCUCAGCGGAUAUGUCCCUUGACGACGGCUCAGGGAUGCUGGUGGAUGGCUUCGAGAGAACAUAUGAUGGCAAACUCAAGUGUCGUUACUGUAACUAUGCCACCAGAGGCACAGCACGACUCAUUGAGCACAUCCGCAUUCAUACAGGAGAGAAACCCCACAGAUGCCACCUGUGCCCCUUCGCCUCCGCCUAUUUGCGCCACCUAGAGGCCCACAUGCGCUCCCACACGGGAGAGAAGCCUUACAAAUGUGAGCUGUGCUCCUUCCGCUGCAGUGACCGCAGCAACCUGUCACACCACCGCCGCCGCCGGCACAAGCUCUUACCAAUGAAGGGCGCUCGCUCCUCUCUCUCCCACAAGAAGAUGCUGAGCGUCUUGCAGAAGAAGACCAGCCUGGGCUACGGUCGCCGGCUCCUCAUCAACUUCAGCCCCCCCUCCAUGGUGGUGCACAAGGCUGAGCACCUGGAUGAUUACUCCCAUGAGCUGCCCCACCUGCGCCAGGAGACCUACGACGACCAGGGUGCUGGUGGAGAUGGUAGCUCAAUGGACGAACACCACAAUCAUCACCACAACUUGGUCAUGGACAACCCCCUUAACCAACUCUCCACCCUGGCCGGCCAGCUGGCCAGCCUGCCCUCAGAGGCUGAAGGCCAGACCCAGCAGCCUCCCAUGUCUCCAGGUGCGGAGUCCUGUGUGGACGAGAAGCCCUUCCUCAUCCAGCAGCCUCACCCAGCCACAGCUCCUGCUGCUGUGUCAGCCAGCGCUGCCCACGCCUCUUCCUCCCCCAUCACCCCAGAGCCCAGGCCCCCACCACCCAGCAACUGCAGCCCCGGGGCAGGUCCCUGCAGCGAGCACAGUGGGCGCACCAGUACUCCCAGCAUCACCAACAGCCAGCCCAGCACACCAGCCCCGGGCCUGCCCUCUCUGCAUCAAGACCCCCAGAUGCUGCACCACUGCCAGCAUUGUGACAUCUACUUCCCUGACAACAUCCUGUACACCAUCCACAUGGGCUGCCACGGCUACGAGAACCCCUUCCAGUGCAACAUCUGUGGCCACAGGUGCAGGAGCAAGUACGACUUUGCCUGCCAUUUUGCCAGGGGGCAGCAUAAGCAGUGACUUGGUGCCGGGUCAGUGAUGAAGGACUAGAGAUGAUGAAUGGAGGUUGUUUUUAUUUAAUUCAAUGAUGGAUAUUUUAUUUAUUGCUGUUGAACUUUCUGAAAUUGGCCUUGAUGUAACCUCUGCGAAUUCUGUGUAGUGAAUUAGAUUUUCUAGGGGGAAAAUAACACGUUUGACAGUGCCCAUGCGUAUGUAGCUAGUGUGUAGGGAUGGAGUGGUUUAGAUGGACAACUCAUUUGACCAGUUUGAUCAUGAACAUUCCUCAUGUGGGUUUUUAACAUGAACACUAUUUUCAGCCUUACAAACAUAGUUCUAGAUGAUGCUAAACCCUUUGUGAGAGUGCCCUUUAGUGGCUUUAACCAUACCCAACUAAACCAUUUAUGAGUGAAAGACUGCACCAUUCAUGCCUCCAACAGUGCCUACGAUAUUCACAAUCUCUUUACCUGUACUGAAAUGGACACAUCUGACAUUUUGUGUUCGUUUUCUUCAGAUUAAGAUGUCCUCUUGACAUUUGUGAUGGAUCUGUACACAGUGCCCUUCCUUAACCGCAGACAGGUAGCCCUAGCGGUUAGAGCGUUGGGCCAGUAACCGAAAGGUCGCUGGUUUGAAUACCUGAGCCGACAAGGUGAAAAAUCUG